AUGAAAGUUAUGGCCAGUUAUGUCGAGGAUUUAGUCAAGUGUGGAUUUUUGGAGAUGAAAUUACCACGAAAGCAAAGGAAACUAACACACAAGGUUAGAUGUGAACAAUUCUGUUUUUUAGCUGUCGGUAGCUUUUUUUCUCUUGGUAAGUCCACCUAGUAUUUUAAUGAAUUCUGUUCACGUUCCCCGUAAUGAAUGAACGGUGCAUACGUAAUGUAGAAUGUACUGUUUACUCUGAUUUAUUUUGAAGCACAGCUAUUUCUGGACACAAUUGAAGCGUUUGAGUCUUAGUCUUUCCAAUCUAUACGCCGAAAAUAUUGUAGAAAAAAAAACUGUUCGCAAAUGCAAGCGGCAUAUAUGGCAAAGAGCGUACAAUUUCAACCCUCACUACAACGCUUUCGCCGAGUAAACAAGUUGUUCAGCUGCUAAAAGACAUUGUAAUUAUUCAUCGAUAUUUGAAUUGAACAGAGUUAGUUUUUCAUUCACUAGUCGAUGUUUAGUUAUUGCCUAAGGACAGUGAACUAAACAUUCAAUUUUAGGCAAAAUGAACGUUCUUUUUUCCUUGCAUGAGUUGACGGCGUUUGUCAAUUUCACUCAAAUUGCAAAUGGUUGUCAUCGUGUUGUGUUGGCUAUUGAAAUGUAUCAGAUUAUGUUUAUUCAGUGCGAAGACUGCUUAUAGAAUUCUCACUAAGUUCUCAAAUUUUGCUGUAUAUCGAUCUUCUUUCUAUGCUUCAAGGAAACGGUCCUUAACAUUGUCAAUUUUUUUUACCAAGAUGAGAAUGUGGCUUCGUGUAAACAAGUCCAGGAUUAUAUUUAAACCGUGACUUGUUGUCUUUUUCAUCGAUAUAUUGAUAUCUGUUCAAGAUGUACGCUUAUUGUUCCCUUGCCAGUAGUUUAAGAUCGUUUCUCGUCAUAAAUAUCGUUAGAAAAGGAUUCCGUGUUCCGUUUUGGAAUUGCUUUGGGGCAAAACCUGCAGUUUUAAGAAUAAGAUUUAAAAUAUGCAUGUGCAAGCAACAUGAACAAUAAUAGACAAGAUGUAAACAUCGAGGAGGAUGAAAUUUAUUGCUGGUAACAUCAUAUUGAUCGCUAGACGAUAUUUCUUUUACAUAGAAAAAGUACUUAAGAUAGCAGUGAACUAAACAAGUUUCUACCAAUACUUUUCAGUUUAAUAAGCUUAAAUAGACCAAAUCUGCUCUCAUAUAAAGUACACAUAGAAACUAAAUUAUGGCCCUAUGUGGUAAUAUUUGGUGGCAGGAUUUUUGUUACUGCUUCAGCUCUGACUAAAGUUUUCAACCCUGUACAAUACUGUUCAGCGCAAAAAGAUUAAGUAACGGUUCAGCACAAACAACGGCAUCAUUUUAGUGUUAAAUUAGGAAAGGUUUAAGUUGAGCAAUUAGUUUUGUCUCUUAAAUUUGUACCCCCUGAGGAGAUGGUUCAAAAACAAGUUUGAACAAACAAAUCCAAACUCGUCAAAAUGCUGUAUUUCUUUGAAAUCAAAUAUACCAGUAUUUGCGAGAUGUGUUUUAACUGCCACCCUCUACCUUUAAAUUACUGCAUGAAAACACCACUAUUUACUUAGUACCAUCCCUUCAUUUACUUGUAAAACUGAAAUUGUGAAUUCUACCGGUAUACUAGUAAUUUAAAACUAUAUUUGAAAUCGUAAAUUAAAAAGAUUGUCAUACUCCACCAAUAUCAAGCAAUUUGGAGACAGAUGAACGGAAUAUAUUUGUUAUAGUUCAUUCUUUCAUUUUAAAUUCAAAAAUGACGAUUUAAAACCCGUUUUAAAGUCCUCACUUGUAUAGUUUAAUUGUAUGUAGGCCACUUGUGCAAGCAGGUGUCUCAGAUUGUUAUUCGAUUCUCCACCAGGCAGUCCACUUGUUUUGACAUCUUUUCAAAUUGGCAGAUGCCCAGUAUAUAUCCACAUGUUUUGUUGUUUUGAACAUGCCUAGACAUAAUUUAAGAUUUGAGUGGCAAGGUAAUGUACUUGAAGUGACGAAUGAUCCCAAAAUAGAUUGUUAAGAGUGUUAUGUUCUAAUUUUCUUAUGGAAAACAAAAGAGCGGUAAGUGCAUGGAAAAUGGACCUUGAACUGUUAUGGUAAUACUGUGUACAGAAACAAGAAGACAAGUAUGAAAUAUCAUCUGGUAUUUUCCCUAAGUUAACUAGCCUUAUUUAAGCUACAAUAUGCAAAAAUAUCCCCUCUGAAUGGAAAUGAAGUGGCCAGGGGAGAGGUAUGGAGCCUUUCACUCAUUUGAAACAGCUUUUUUGGGAAAGCCCUGAUCAUGCUGACAGAAGAGUCAAACUGCAAAGUCAAGAAAAUAGCACCCUGAUGAAUAAGUAAGAACAAUAUGUGACUGUUCUUACAUCUGAUCCUUCUACUUGUUAUAAGUGUGCCUAAUUUACUAUGUCCUGCAGCAAGAAACACAAAAGGAAUAAGUUAAGCAUUCCCAUUAUGUAAAGGGCUGUCAGUAAGGCCUGGGAGCAGGGGAUUAUGAGCCUGACCUCCCAGCUAUAUUUUUCGUGGGAAACUAAAGGAAAAUAUGACCAAAAGACUUCAUCUUUCUUAGCUGUUCAAUCUCCCGCCACUAAUUGCAUAUACCUGGCAACUUAAAAUCUUACUGACUGUCCGGCUUGCUUAUAUGUUAGAAUUUAAAAUGUUUCCAUUUGCAUUUGCAUUUGGCCUUACUUUCCUUGAAGUUAAUUAAUUAAAAAUUCAUUUUUUAGUUUGCAAAAGAAUAAAAUUGAUUCAUUAUGUCUGAGGACAUCUUUUUUUAUCAUUAUGAUGAGAAUGAUAAUAAACAUGGAAUGUAAAGCUGGUUUGAAUUCUAAAUUUAUUAUAUCAUGGUAGGGGUCAUCUAGUUCACCUGGUAUUAACUGAGUUGAUCUAGACAGUUAUUAAAUGACAAUCAGUCUGUAAAUUAUAAUAAUAUUAUAGACUUCAGACAAUCACAAUGGCCCCAGCAUGUUACGUGUAUAUGGAUCAUCUCUCAUUGUGUUAGAAGUCACAUUGUUUGCAACAUUUUGACAAAACUUUGGCAGUUCAGAUGAUCCGGACAGUUACAUGUACUGGCUAGAAUUUUUUUUCAACUUUAAAAACAUGAGAAAGAACUGAUUUAGAAUGAUGAUGGGAACUGCAGAAAUACAAAUUUAAAUAAAGAUAUGAUUGUUGCAGUGGUAAUUGCAUAUUUAAUUCAUUAGCAAUUUAUUGCAAAUUAACCCCAAAAAAUUUCGGGACUUGAACCAGAUUCGAACCCAUGGCCUCUGCAUUAGCACUGCAGUGCUCUAACCAAUUGAGCUAUGAAGACCCAUACAUUGGCAGCAGGCCAAUUUGUUGAGUACUAACACAGCCCUGGGCCAUGGCUGUCAGAAUACCGUUCAAGUCCCGAAAUUUUUUUCGGGGUAAUUUGUGCAAUUACCACUGUGACAAUCAUAUCUUCAUUUAAAGAACUGAUUGUUCCUUAGGCUUAAGAUAAAACACAAACUGCAAGACUACUCUACAGCUGAUGAGACCCUUGUCUAUGUUUAUGUAUUAUUAUUGUUAUUUUUCAAUAAUCCUCGUUUUUUUCAUUAUUUUUCCUGAAAAUUUUUAUUAUUAGAGCUUAAAAGAUGUCACCUGAUAUAUGUCAGAAAGAGCUCGCAGGGCACAAAACCAUGUCAUGGUCAAUCAAACAAAACUCAACAUUUGCUCUACAUUCUUUCUCAACUACUAACUAAUUCCCUGCAAGACAUAAAAAGUUCACCCAGUGAAUUCAUUAAGUGCUGUAGCUCAAUAGUUUCACUUAUAGUUCAACUGGACUAUGGCCUUUUACAUAAAGUAAUCUAAUUUAGCAGUUUAUAAGCACUUUCUUAAUGAAUAAAUUAUGCACGACGUGAUGUGACACAGCUGAUUUAAAAAAUAUAUUUAUGAUCUCCUUAGUUUGUAUUUUCUUUAUGAUAUAUGUAAAAGUUGUUGAAUUACCAUAAAUUUUGUGAAUUAUUUUAUCUGUUUUAGAUUUGGAAAAGAAAAUGGUUUGUUUUGAGGCGGAAGUCUCCCCGAGGACAUGCUCGAUUAGAGUACUACCUUACAGAGAAAGCCUGCUCUGAAGGAAAGCAUCGCACGAGUAUUUCAUUAGAGGACUUAACAUCUGUUUCACAAGCUUACUCAAGGACACAUAGUUUUAGUUUUUUACUUGUGGGAAUAGAAAUCAAAAUUUUUUUGAGUGCUGAUACUGAGAAAGAGACUCAAGAAUGGAUUCAGCUCAUCAAAGAGCUUGUUCUUCCGGAGCCAAAAUUAUACCCUUCAGUACAGGCAGGAGAUAUUUACGGUAAGUGUAAUACAAAGUUGAACUUCGUACUUAACAUCAAACAGUUCACUUUGGAAGAUUGUUAUUAAUGCAUCUACACUGGGUCACAAUUAUGUGACUAAAUAUGAUAAGUUUGACAGCUGUCAUGAGCUUGAAAUUGCCAACUCCCUUCUCAAAGAACCAUAAGCAACGAGUUGAUAGAAAACCUAGAUCAUAUAACCCUCUAGACUGUUCACAGUCCUGUAUUUUUCCAUAAGAUCGUUGAGAUCGAGAUUGUUAGCCUCUGUGAGCAAGUACUCGUCCAAUUUCAUUCAAAAUUUUGAAGGCUUGGUAGCCGGUGACUACAGAUGUGCUUCUGGUUGUUACUUAGACUUCACCUACAAAAAGUUAAAUUGGAAAUGCAUCUGCAUUAGCAGGAUAAUAGCCUUGGUAGACAAAAGUGUAUGUUAACCUUUUGAAUUCUCUUUCUGGGGUUCUGCUGGGGCAGUCAAAGAUCCAAGGAAGCAAUGUUUGAAUCUUGUUUGUGGAGGACUAAGACAGGAUAUGACUGAAUAUUUAAGAGACUUACUAACCAUACAUACUCAUCAUUUUGUCUUGGUUACAGGACUAUAUGAAGUAAAUGUGAUUCCUACAGAAGACUCUGAUAGACUUGAACUUGCAGGGAACUAUUUAAUGACUGUUCGGAAAGAGUAUCUAUGCCUUCAUAGUGCAAAAACAGGAGAAAGGGUUUUUCAAUGGGAGUUGGACCAUCUUCCAAGAUUUCGACUUCAAAGACUUUCACAUUUGCAGGACUUAGAUAAAGUGUUGACAUUUCAAGUGGCAAGGUGAGGGUUAAUUUUCCUUUUAGGCAGCUGAACAAGGGUUUUUGAAUACCAGUAGUACACUCAGUCUGACAAUGCUAAAAAUAACCCAGUCCCUCUUUUCUCAGGGAUGGUCAUGGGUUUCAAUAAGAAUUGAAGUAGCCAGCAAGUCUGAAUAAGGCUCUCUUCUAAUUUUUCUUAGGGGAGUCUAGGGGCCUGCUCCCCCUGAAAAUUUGAAGUCUUUGGAAGUGGUAUUAAAUGCGAUUUUCGGUGUUCUUGGCACUAAAUUAAGUAGAAGAAAGAUAUAGUAAGAUUUUUUAUCAACAGUAGUGUCUUUUUGUUAUUUUCAAUGCUGAUCAGUGAAGAGUUUAAAUAACGGUAAAGAAUGUUUUUUUUUAGUUAAAGUUUUGUCAGAAUCGUUCGUUAAGACUUCUUUCCCAGCCUCAAUUAUGGGGGAAAAGUAGCCAGCUUCUCUGAGCAAAAUAGCUGACGCGUUUUGUCAGUUGUCAGUGGGUGGUUAUUGAAACCCCCGAUGAUGGUAGAGCAAGUGUGUUGUCUCACCUUAUGCACAACAAUUUCACUUGUGCUUCCUUUUUGCACUCAUUUUAAUAGAUUCCUGAGGAAAAUAAGGGUCCACUGCUCACUCACAGUCCUUAUAAUAGUGCAAAAAGAAAAUUUAAGUAUGUCUCUCCUCAAAACGUCCCUAGUGAUGAAGAGUGAGGAAAGACGGCUGCAUUUGUUCAUCACUUACAGUCACCCAGUCUAAAGAGAACCCAGACUAACCAAGGGUGGCAGCCCAUUCAGGUACAUUCACCACUUUAGAAACGAGAGGGAAGAUGGGUUUUAACUAAAAGACUUCUGGUACUGCCACUAGGGACAGGGAAAAAAUUGGCCAAUAGCUGACCAGUGCAUCCUCAGUAACCAUCCCAAAAGUCUUUGCAAAAGCUAGCUCGGUGCAGUUUCCCUACUGGUGUCCACAGGGGAUCCUCAACUAGUUUGUUUGUGUUUAUUUUUAUUUGUUGAUGACUUUAUUGAGGAACAUCCCUUUUGCUUAUAUUUUCAGAGGCUGCAAGGCCGGCGAGGGAGAAUUUCAAUUCUUGACCCAACAAGGAAGGGAAAUUCUGGAAUGUGUAAAAUUACAGACUCAAAAACUAGCGAGUAUACGGACUCAUCAACACGAAAGACUAAGAAGACCUUCCUUAGACUCUGUUCCAUGCACAAGGUCAUCGGAAAAUGAGACUGCCGACAGUCUUACUAGUACUUCAUUUUCUUGAUAAUGGUCACGUGACAUUGUUAGGAGAGGCAAAAGUGUGUGGCAUAGCCGAUGGUUUCCCUCAAGAUCAAAAAAUUCACUUUAACCCCAGCAACUCAGGCAUUUAAGAGACAAGUUUGUUGAGGCCAAAAACAGUUCGCUGUCACAUUCUGUGGUUGCAAGAAGUUGGAAUUGCACGUUGUUCUAGUUGUACGUUUAUUUUAUAGUGUGUGUCAACAACUGGUUCAAGAUUGUAUGCUUUUCUAGUUUCUCAUGCUUAACAAGACUGGACAAGAAAGCAUUUGGCUUUAGUUGAUUACGGCAAGAGUUCAUGAUGGCAUGUUGUGCCAGUUGAACAUUUGGCUUAUGACAGCUAGAAUCUAGGGCUGCAUGUGAUGCUUAUUGCGAAACAGUUGUGUUCGGCAAGCGUUCAGAAUUGCAUGUUGCGCUAGUGUUCAGUUUUUUCCAAUUAAUAAUGGCUUCUAACUGCUCACACAGGGAAACUCAUUGACGAGUCAAAGCUUUAACUAUUUGGAAUGAACAGAUAUUACUUAGCCUGCGUACAGCCGCUCUGUUCCGAUUUUGUUUGAGGGCAGGGGCGGCUUUACACAGGCUAGUAACAUGUUGUUCUUGCUCAUUUGCUUUAGGGAACUUAAGCAAAGACGUUUUUGAGCAACGCACAUUGACCAGAAGUGAUGCCUUAAAUUCCCUUUUAAUAUGCCUUGACUCUACCACAUUUUUAUUGCUAAGUGUCUUUACUCUAAAAGACACGAUUUGCCCGAAAAUUUUGGCAAAACCACUGCCCAAGAAUGCCAAAAGUCCACUUCCGGUUGAUGUGCGUCGCUUGAAAACGUCUUUGCGUCAGCUCCCUAAGUUUGACGUCUGACUGUGGCCAAACAUUUCAUUUUAGAAUCGCGGAUUUCUUUUAAUGUUGAAGGCCCUAUUUCCAAUCCAUCAUCAUUUUGCGGAUUUUACGUUUUCUUUCGGGUCUUUUCCUUCGAUAUUUUGUACGUUAUUUCAGAAACGUGUAAUUUACGUGAAAAUAACUCAACAAAAAUAAAUCUUUUUAUUAUGUAUGC